AUGGCCUUCUUUUUUAAAUCGAAGAAAAACCAACAGGGCAAUGCGCUCCCUCCGGCGACCAGAAAUGUUCAUACCUCGGAAGGUGCCCCAUCCACGGGGGCCACCGUAAAUGGUGUCAAGGGCGAUGGUCCGAUUUCGCAGACACCCACGCCCAGCGGUAGCUACAACAAUUCUCUGCACUCAGCCACGAGCCCGACAAGCCCGGAUCCUGUGCGGAUGCGACAGAGGGCCGAAUCAGAAUCUCAGAUCCAACGACCCCAGCAGCCUCCAAAUGGUGCCCCUCCCUCGAGCCCGAAUUCGUCGCUUUACCCGUGGUCGCAACGUCGUAUGAAUUUCUCGUCACCCCAAACGAACCCUUUCCCCCGAUAUGGAGCCGCCAUUAAUUCGGUGGCCUCAAAGGAGGGUGAUAUUUACAUGAUGGGUGGCCUCAUUGACGGGUCAACGGUCAAGGGAGACCUGUGGAUGAUUGAGAGUAGUGGAGGUAGCUUGUCUUGCUUCCAGGUUGCGACGGUUUCCGAAGGCCCCGGCCCCCGAGUCGGCCAUGCCAGCUUGCUGGUGGGGAAUGCAUUCAUUGUCUUCGGCGGUGACACCAAAAUCGACGAGAACGAUGCUCUGGACGACACUCUGUAUCUUCUGAACACCUGUGCCCUCCCGCCAAUGGUCUCGCGCCAUCCCCCCGGAUCUCGCCCGGCCGGACGCUACGGCCAUACAUUGAACAUCUUGGGAUCGAAGCUUUAUGUGUUUGGGGGUCAGGUGGAGGGUUUUUUCUUCAAUGACCUCGUGGCAUUUGACUUGAACCAGCUGCAGAACCCUGCUAACAAGUGGGAGCAUCUUAUCAAAAACAGCCACGAUGGUGGCCCUCCGGCAGGCCAAAUUCCUCCGGCGAGAACCAACCACACCAUCGUCAGCUUCAGUGACAAAUUAUUCCUUUUCGGUGGAACGAACGGGGUUCAAUGGUUCAACGAUGUCUGGUCGUACGAUCCCCGAGCCAACGCCUGGACCGAAAUGGAUUGCGUGGGGUUCAUUCCGACACCACGGGAGGGCCAUGCCGCCGCUCUGGUCAACGACGUGAUGUAUGUGUUCGGUGGCCGGACCGAUGAAGGGGUGGAUUUGGGAGAUCUGUCGGCCUUCCGGAUCUCCUCGCGUCGCUGGUAUUCGUUCCAGAACAUGGGUCCGGCGCCAUCUCCGCGAUCGGGACACAGCAUGACUGCCUUUGGGAAGCAGAUCAUCGUCAUGGCGGGUGAACCCAGCUCAGCGCCCAGGGACCCGCCAGAGUUGAGCAUGGCAUACAUUCUCGACACAGGCAAGAUUCGGUACCCGAAUGAUUCUCAACCGAGCGAGCGAGGCCCUACUCCAGCUGGCAGAAAAGUCAGCCUUGAGAAGCAAGGCCCUGCGUCUGGAAGGACAUCCCGAGAGGCGCAAACCCCUACAGAGCAACAAACGCGACGCGGACCGUCUCGGGAAAGCAUGAGCCAAGUGGCUGGAACAAGACCCGGAGAAUAUGGCCCUAACCCAAACCUGGGACCUGGCUCUCGACUCCCACGAGCGUCGAUUGCACAAGCGCCCUCUGGUCCGCCUCCUCCGGGCCAAGCCCCGUCCCCUGGUCCUCGAGGCAACGGCCCUCAGCCUGCCAUGAACCCCCGCAGCAAGACCCCUACCAAGACUGAUCGUGGAUUCGUGCCGACAGUAGAUGUUCGCGCCGCAAAUGUCGACCGGGGUGCCGAAUCACCCGUUGCCAAAGAACCUUCACAGGAAGUCCAGGGGCCGGGAUCAGCUGGCCGUCGAACUCCGACUCAGCAACAGCCACAGAAGAUGUCGGCUAAGGCAAUGGAAACCGGCGAGGCUGCUCCGCUCAUCAGUACCCCCGGCCGGCAACGAUCAUUGCGUCAACACCGGCAGCGUGGCUCCAUGGAUAGCGCCGAAGAAUCGGUUCUGGGUCGACAAGCCAGUAUCGACGGGUCAAUUGAGUCUCGAAGUUUCCGCAAUUCCAAGAAUGUCGGUGACGAGCCCCGUUCUCCGCGGUUGACACCUCACCAAGAGGCUUUGAUCAAGGAGCUGGAAGCCGCCAAGGCCCGAAACGCUUGGUAUGCGUCAGAGCUAGCUUUGGCAAAAAAGGGUGGCUACGUUCCGAAUCCGUCAAGUAGUCCCGCCUUGGAUGACCGCACCAAUGAUUCGUUGAAUGAUGAGGAUCGACCUUUGAUCGAAGCAUUCCUUUCCAUGAGGGCAGAAUUGGCCAAAAUGCAGGCCACCGUGGAUCGACAGGCAUCUAUUGCAUCGAAGCGGGUCGCAGAAGUGGAACAUCAACGCGAUGUCGCAGUGAACGAAGCCGCUUAUUCGCGGGCUAAGCUUGCUGCCCACGGCGGUAGCCAGCGGGGCACUCCACAGCCCGAAAGUGCCCGGGACGGUGACGAUAGUGCUACCGAGCGCCCCACUGACAUGGGCCGUCGCCUUGCGCUCGCUCUCGCCUCCCAGUCUGAGCUCAAGGCCAAGCUUGAUGUCCUGUCUGCUGAGCUCUCCCAAGAGAAACAAGCUAAGGAAUUGGCUGAGGAGACCAAUGAAGCCACCCGUAAACGCCUAGCUGAGCUUGAGAUGCAAAACAACACGCUGGAGGCGGAGAGCUUACGAACCGAUCUCCACAAUGCUCAAGCUUCCGCUAGAGAAGAGGCAUUGUUGCGUGCGGAGGCCGAGGCUUCCCUGGAGCAGCUUACUCUUGACAAGGAGGAGCUGGUCAACCAAGUUGAAAGCUCGUCGACUCGGUUGAAGGACUUUGGUUCCAACUUUGGCAAUCUGAAGGAGGCGGUUGCUGCUUCAGCCGCGAAGGCAGCCCUUGUCGAAAAGCAGUUGGACGAGGAGCGAGAACGUCGUGAGGGAUUGGAGAGAAAGCUUUUGCAACUGCGCUCUGAACACGAAGAAAGAACUACAGAGUUGGAGAAUGUCAGCCGUCGUCUGCGCGAUGCGGAGGAGUUGUCGGAGACUCAUGCCAAGGAGGCCGAGACUCACAAAUUGGCCUUUGUAGCCGGGCUUGAACGCGCAUCGUCUGCAGACUUGGACACCUCAAUCCGGUCCCGCGCUGACCAGCGUGUUGCGGCCUUGGAGUCCCAGAUCGAACGUUCCAGCACCCUCGCCAAGGCAAAUCAGGCGGCUGCCGACGCAGCUGCAGACAAACUCCGGCGCGCCGAGGAGCGAAUUGCUGGUUUGGAGGCGUACCAGGAGCAGGCUAGUCGAGAAGGGUUGCAAUUGCGGCGACAGCUCCAGACUGCCAUGAAGGAGACCCAGUCCGCUGUCGCCGAGAACCGGGACCUGAAGACCCAGAUUGAGGGCCACCAGCGGGAGGCGGGUGCUCUGGCUAUCCAGCAUGCUGCCCUGAAGGAUCUUCUUGGCGAGCGCGGUAUCAACACGGACAGUCGACGAUCACCCCACCUUGAAUCCCCUGGAUCACGGUUCGGCACUCCAGAGCAGGGCCGGUUGCGCGAGUUGGAGCAGCAACUGUCGGCCAGUAUGAAGGCGCACGACGAUCUGAAGACUAUGUUCGAAACCCGUGAGCAGGAAGCUGAUCGGGCGUUCCGAGAGAAACUAGAGCAGCUCGAGAACGAUUACCAGUCGGCAGUGCAUUACGUGAAAGGUACCGAGAAGAUGCUGAAGCGAAUGAAGGAUGAGUUGAGUCGCUACAAGACCCAAAAUGCCAAGGUACAGUCCGAGUUGGAUGCGGCUCAGAAGAGCCUGGAGCGUUCUACCAGCCAAGAGUCUGAAGUUCCGGCUGAGUGGGAGACUGAGCGUUCUCAGCUGCAACAGUCCAUGUCGGACCUCCAACAAGCAACCUCGUCCUCGAUUACCCAGCUUGAGGGGCAGCUCACGCAGCUCAAGGAGGAGCUCGUUGCCGCCCAAGCUGAGAAGGAACAUCUGCGAACCGAGCAUGAGAGUGUCAAGCAGGACCUUCUCACUGCUGCAGAGCAGAACCGUUCCGAAUUGGAGUCGCUCAAGCAAGAAAACACCCUGCUCGAGAGUCGCUCUUCGGACGCCGAGCAGAAAGUCAACAUGCUUCUGGAGCAGGUUGAGGCAUCUGUCGGCCACUAUCGCCGCCAAUCUCAACAUGGCAACGGUCUCAAUGGCAUCACGCGCACACACAGCAACGCUUCAAGCAAUACGAUUGGCGGUGGCAGUGGCGGCGGCAGUGGUCGUGCCCGCGCCGACAGCAAUAUCUCCCAGGACUCCUCUUUCCCUGAUAAUCGUGGCUCCAUGGCCUUGGACUCGCUUGCCAACGAGUUGGAGGCCCUGCGUAGCCACUGGGAAAGCACCAACCGCAAUUAUCGCCUCAGCAGCCAGCUGGAUCUAGAACGAACUCCGACCAAAGACACUAGCGAUGGGCCUGCUCUCAUGAGCGACAGCCUGGCAGAGUGGCGGCGCAGACUGGAUGAGGAAGAACGCGCUGGAGCGGCUGGAAAGACUAAGCCAUUGGAGAAUUCCGCGAAUGUCAUCUGA